UCUCUCUGCAUUUGCAAAAUGGACUUGUCUUUCCAAUAUUAAAACGACGUCCAAAACUCACAACAAAAAAUAUCCAUGAUUUUUAUGCUCAAAUCUUCUGCUCAAGUGACGUCAUCUUCCCGACCACUCCCUAUUAAAUAGGAGGAUGGGGCAUGUAUCAACAAUUUUGAAUGGUUUAAUGAGAAGAAGGAGACGAGCAAAGCAGGAUUGUGAUAGAAAUGGAAGAGACGCCGCAGAUAGGAUGGCCAGAGAUGCCCGGAAAAAUGAGGUGGUGUUGAGGAGCUCAGGCACUCUCAAUUCCGCUUCUGUUUUCUCAAAGAGAGGCGACAAGCCCACCAACCAAGACCGCUGCAUUGUUUGGGAGGAUUUUGGAUGCCAACGUGACAUGAUCUUCUGUGGGAUAUUCGACGGCCACGGUCCCUGGGGCCAUUUUGUGGCGAAUCAAGUGAGAGAGGCGAUGCCCUCCUCUCUCCUCUCCACUUGGCAACACACGCUAAUUGCUCAAGCUUCCUCCGAUAAAAACAAGCUUCAUCACUUCAACAUAUGGAAACACUCGUAUCUCAAGACAUGCGCUGCUAUCGAUAAGGAGCUUCAGCACAAUGGCAGCAUCGAUGCAUUCUACAGCGGAACCACUGCCUUAACCAUUGUUAAACAGGGAGAUGACAUAUUCAUAGCCAACGUCGGGGACUGCCGCGCUGUGUUGGGAACUUACUCUGAGAGUGAGAGUAGUGGCAGCAAAUUGGUGGCAGAGCAGCUCACGAUUGACAUGAAGCCUAACCUACCUCAGGAGGCUGCUCGGAUUAGUGAGUGCAACGGGCGGGUGUACAGCAUGGAUGACGAAUGCGGUGUGCCUAGGCUGUGGCUGCCACACGAGGAGUCCCCGGGGCUGGCCAUAUCCAGGGCCUUCGGGGACUACUGCGCUAAGGACUUUGGCCUCAUUUCUGUGCCUCACAUCACUCACAGGCGCAUAACUACUCAUGACCACUUUAUUGUGCUCGCAACAGAUGGGGUUUGGGAUGUUAUAUCGAAUGAAGAAGCAGUGGAAAUCGUAGUAGGAACAGAAAGGGAGAAAUCUGGGAAGCGUUUGGUGGAGUGCGCUGCUCGUGCGUGGAAGCGGAAGAGAAAGGGGAUCGCCAUGGAUGAUAUCUCUGCCAUUGUACUUUUCCUCCAUUCUAAUUUCUAAGCUCACUCCAACAUUUUCGUCUAACCUGUGUAUUAUGUACUAUCUAUCAAUCUAUAUCCUACUUUAGUGAUC